UACUGGGUUGGCUCACCCGGUCUGGUCAUGUGAGCGUUAACAGUAUAACAGCAUAACAGUGACUGCAGUAUUGCGGUGCUGCAUCUAGAGAUAGAACUGCUGGAUAGAUCACAGCUGGUGAGUCACAACGCUCGUGUCUCUCGUCACAAAAGGCUCUUCAGUAUGUCAAACUGCCGAGAUUCCACGAGAGGCCUGGAAUGGAAGGUUGCUGAUGCCAUCGCAUACCAACAGAAUGCCGGGGCAUUUCGAAGUGGAAUCACCACGGAUGAGGCCAUUGAAUAUUACUCUCAAUACUGUCAUCAGUAUGAAGAGUCUCUCCGCCCAGGGCGGUACAACGGUCCCCGGAUAGCUGCUGAUGCUGUGGCCCGAUACUACCCCCGGGACAGGGAGCAGAAGAAGAUCAUUGACAUCGCUGCAGGGACGGGAUUUGUGGCUGAGAAUUUGACGGCCCACGGCUUUAGGCACAUCGACGCCCUGGAACCAUCGACCAGUAUGCUUGUCAGGGCUAAAGAGAAGAGCCUGUACGAAACGCUCUACGAAAACAUGUUGACAGAAGAACAUUUACCUAUAGCAGCUGAUACGUACGACUGUGCAGUUGUUUGUGGUGGAUUUGGGGAAGGACAUAUUCCUUGUUCUGGAUUAAAGGAACUUCUCCGGAUCACAAAACCAGGCGGAGUGAUAUGCAAUGUGAUGAGAGAAGAAUAUUUGGUGAACGUGGAGGAAUACAGAGAAUGUCUUGAGCCACUGAUGAACUCAUUAGAAAAAGCAGGAAAGUGGACACUUGUGUCACGUGACGUCGUUCCAAACUAUUUCAUUGACCUUCCGGGGAUUGUAUUCAUGUACAAAGUUAACUGACCUCUGCAGACCGAUCCACUUACAUCCAUAUGGGACAUCAUAGUCAGUAGUAACCUAUCUGUUCCAAGGAAAAUAUAUCAGAAUGAUACCGAUUAUGACGUCAAGAGGACAAACAUUUUCAGUGAUACCUCUACUUGUUCAGACAAAAAUAUAUAAGUGUUUUUUGAUACAACUCGAAGAUAAAUUCAUAGUGACGAUAUAGAUUCUUCAAUUGUAUGGUUACAACAAAAUGUUAUUUGAAACUGAAUUCGUAAUUGAGAGGGGAGAAUAUUAUGCUAAUUAUUUCUAACUUUGUAGUUAAUCGGUGGUAGUCUUUUUAAUGUCCAAAAUAUGUUAUCAUAUUUUAUCAUAAUAAAAUAUAAUCAAAAUUCGUUUAGCAAUUAUUUGGAUGAUUGUACAAAUGGACAAAAUCGACGUUGGCUGUGGUGAUGUUUGGUUGAAAUGAUUGAAUUCGAUAGUCUGUCCCAAUCCCCACGUGUCUAAUGAAAACUCCAAGAAUAUCAGAGCUCUACAGUUAAGAGAGAGCUUGAAAAUCACUUUCGUCACAACCAGAAGAACUUACAUUUGUACAAGUUACCUUCAAUAAUUAUUGCAUCUUGUAAGCUUUACUAACACAUACAUCGGCAUAUUUCCAAAUUUACAAAACAACGUGUUAAGUUACACAUUCGUAUGUAAAUAUUCAUGACAAACGUUUAUAAACUGGAUCAACAUAAAAAUUCAAAAUAGACAUAUGUUCCCUUUUUGGUCAUAUCAGUCAUGUACGGGGUCUGAUCGACAUCACAUCUGCGAGUAGUAUGGUAUCAUUUCGUAAUUGACAGCAUAAAAAUCGAAAGUGCUCCUUUUAACAGAGAUUUCUUAAGAACAUUUUAUUUAUUCUUAAGGCUAAGUCCAAAACACCAUUGGAACGAAAAACAUUGUGAAUCGUAUCUACCCGUUUCCUAUGAUAUUUACAUGGUGAAGCGAUAGUAGCAAAUGUAAGGUGUGUAUAGGCGAAACCGCUUAACAAACUUGAUAACUAAAAUUUGGGGUUAAGACAUUUAGGCAAGAAGGGGGCAUCCUCAUUAGCAUCAACUGUGCUCCCCUUCAAACUGAUCUGUUUCUAUGUGCAUAUGAAGUCCAAGAAGUCCAAACAAUGCAAUGUGGCCAAGAAACUCAAAUUAGGCUUCUGGUACAUCUAUGAUCUGAUAUCGUUCCACAAAGGCAUAUAACCGAUUCCCUUCCAUUGAUUUACCAACCUGAGCUAGAAACAAGAGACCAGUGAUACCGCCUCAUCUAUUCCAAUUUAGAUUCAUGCAUACAAAUUCAGAGUGACCACAAAAUCCCCACAAGACUGUAUGACAAGAGGGAUGACUUUCCAAUAGUCAACGUUCCCUUUAUGUCGAGCAAUAUUUCAGUAUUUCCGGCCCUUGGUGUCCGCAUGUCACAACUUUUGAGAUACAAUCGAACAUGCUCCACGAAGAUUUCAAAGAUACAGCUACAGCUUAAAAGUUUGGUGAUCAAGGUUACAACAUUCAGGGUCUCAGUAAAGCUUUGACAAGUUUUAUGGUAGACAUGUUCAGGUUAGCAGUUGACUUGACUUGUAUUUGUUUGUGAUGGUUGUCACCGCCCGGGCAGGAUGUGCUCCUCUUUUCGCGAACACCAGAUAUCAUAAAACGUCAACACCAAAGAAUAAUCAGUCGAUUAACUGACGAAACAGAUUCCACUGGGCGAAAUAGUGGUGAAAAUUAUAUUAAUGGAUCGCUGAAAAACGAUUACAAAGAAAAUUUACGCUCUCUCGUGAUGAUUAUAUAACUGACAGCAUGAGAUAUUGACGUGCUUUAUUGUCACAUUUGCUUUGGUUUGAUAUUUUUGUUGUAGUAGGAACAUCACGCAACACGUGUCUGCCUACAAUUUUCGUUGGAUGUGUCACUCUUUAUAGUGAGUGAGUUUGGUUUUACGCCGCUUUUAGCAAUAUUCCAGCAGUAUCACGACGGGGGACACCAGAAAUGGGCUUCACACAUUGUACCCAUGUCGGGAAUAGAACCCGGGUCUUCGGCGUGACGAGCGAACGCUUUAACAACUAGGCUACCCGACCGCCCCUCACUCUUUAUUAAUCGCCUUCAAUAUGGUUAGCGAUAAUGACUGGGACGGCGAUGAAGAUAUUUCCAAUGUGUUUGACUUUGUACAAAAAUGUCUGCUGAUGCAGAAUUUGCGGAAAAUUCCAUAACAAUGGUAUUCAUAAAUCGCAAGCAUAGAAAUUGACCCUUAAAAAUUAAAGUUCAGUAACUUUGUUCAUAUGACUACUGACAUCCGUCCCACGUCUCAGCCAGGUGACCUAGUAAUAAACAGGUGUCUGUGUCACUUUCAAAACGGUGACUUUGCUUCAAAUAUGUGUCCCAUCGGCCCUGCAACAAUAAAACUUGAUGUUUUAGUUGUAGAUCAUUUAAGCUUGUUUAAACGCAAUAUGAAAAAGUUCAAUUCGCCAUCAAAACGUGUGUGUUGGUUCAGGUAUUUAUAAUAUAUAUGGAUUUAUUACGAUAUCUACGUAUAUGUAUUUUGAACAGCACUGUAUCUGCAAGGCUCCACCUCCACAGACACAUGAAUAUAUGCCAUUACCUGUCCUAAGUAGAGGCAGACUUUGGAAGGAUAUUACAAAAAGAACAUGAGCGAAAUAAAAGAAAACUUGUUCUGAUAGUAACCAAUCACAGUAUGAUGUUGGCAUGUAAUGAAAUGAACGGUCAGGUGAAACGUGUUAAGCGCUAUGUAGGUGAGAUGCUGCUUAUGCGAUUUAUCUGAACUGUCUCGUAAUGAAUGAAAUGUGAAAACAGAAACGCCGAUAUCGAAAAGUAUAUUAGCUUAGCUAACCUUGGCUACGGCAUUUAUCCACGUGGUGGCUGAUAAUACAUCAUGCUUGUCAAAUGCUAAAUUAGGUUCAGGCGGCGCUGCGCGUCAUCGUACCUGGCGAUGUUGAUUGUUGAUGAUUCCUGUUCCAGACCUUUCCCUGGGUGCAGUGACAUAGGUGGAAUCUUACAGAUUGCGGCAUCGAAAUACAACCAUAAAAUAUUAUCGACGAUGAUACUUGAAAACUCGCUGUUAUAAGGGCAUCCUUACGGUUUUCUUUGUUACUCAUCUCCCGCCGCAUGCAACUGUCAAAAGAAUUGUCCUCAGUCCAUCUGUAUUUGUAUGCCGCUACUUUCAAGAAGUAUGAAAUUAAACGUGUUUUGAAAACCACGGCCUAUACGCAAACUGUAUUUGUAACUGUAAGUGCACUGUUGAAACUUUGAAUGGAAGCGACUCUUGGCUACUUUUAGUUCUGUGCAACGACAUAGAAUUCUCUUCCACUAUAGUUCACAUACAUUUCGGGGAACUCUGCUGAUAUUUGAGAAAGCACAAGCAUGAAAACGUGCGAGAAUGGAAAUCACACAGACGGACCUCUCUGUCAUUUGUAAAGUUCGGGGUUGGUGCAACGUUGCUCGUUCAAGUAGACAUAACUUACUAUCACAUUUGAAAACCUCCUGACAAAUACAUUCAGUGAUUCUCUCUGCAAUAAGAGCGUAAGAGUGACUUUGAGCCACCAUAGCCUGUCCAAGCUUCCCAUUAUCAACCAAUACGCCUGGGUUGCUUGCAAUAACCACAUUUGGUUGCACUUACUGUGAUUCAAUGUUUUUGUACAUAUACUUUGUCUUUUCAUACUUCACACAAAUGUAAAUACAGUAAACUACGGUUAUAACGAACUCAAAGGGACUACUAAUUUUAGUUCGUUAUAACCGUAGUUCGUUAUAUGUACUUAUACAGCAUGACUACAGCAAGUAGUCGGGACCAAAAAGUAAGUUCGUUAUAUCCGUCAGUUCGUUAUAAGCGUAUUCGUUAUAACCGUAGUUUACUGUAAAACCGUUAAGGUAGCCAAAACUGACCGGGCAGUUACCACUAAUAAAAAGUGCACCAGUGCGUACUUUUACAAGACGAUUCAAGACAUCCUGUUUCAUAUAUAUUUAUAUGUUGCAGAAAACUCUGUUUAAUAAGUGUUUAUAAUAGUAAAUAGUUCUGGAAUUAUUUGCGUAGCAUCUGUUGUUGUCCUAUUAACACUCAGCAGUGAAAAUCGAAAAAAAUACCGUUUGAUAUUAAUAUUCUUUUAAUAUUGUAGGAAUUUAUUGUAUGAAUGUUUUUAAUAUAUAAAAUCUGUUUUACUUAUGGAAGGAUAUUUUACAUUUAUUUGUUGUAAAAAUUAAACAUAAGUGAAUUAGGGAAAUCAUGUCAAUCUGCCAUUCGAAUUUAUUAUAUAGAAAAAUAUUUAAUAAACUAUCUAAAAUGUUUAUCCCUUGUUCGUAAUUUGCAGUAUAGUAUCAUGUUCCAUUUUGCUGGAGACAGCAUGUUAGAGGACAUAUAUUUUGCUUUAUUAAUAAAGUGAUUUAGAACUGAUUCGAAUCCGUGUUUUAUCCAGCAUUAAUAACUUGAAAUAGGUCAAUAGUGAGAAUGUUUUUGUGACUUUUUUAAAUCAAAAUGAACUUUGUUAUUAGAUCCUUUUCUACAAUGCUUUUUAAAUUUGAAUUUGUGUUCAACGUGUUUUCAAUUGUCGAUCAAACACAUGUUUGAAUAUUGUCAAAUAUUUGGUUUACAUCGUCAAAGCCUUUAGACUGCAUGUUUACCUUAUUUUGACAUUGAAAGGUUUGACCUCUUUGAAUAGGUAUUUUGCAAUAAGGAACUCCCUUUUCACCUAAUGUUCCUUUUUCCUACCGCCCACCCACCUCUGGGAAACCCUAGGAGAUGAUAAACACAAAAGCAAGGAAAUGAUUAAGUUCCUUCCCCUGUAAGUUUUAACACCCCUUUAGUCAGUGACACGUACUUGAAUAAAUCGCUUGGUGACUUGA